AUGGACCCGGGAAUCCACUUUGAACACUGGAGAGAAUUCUUCUUUUUUUGCCUGAUUUUUUCUGUGUCGUCUGGAGAGGUGCGUUACGUCCUUCCGGAGGAGAUGCUGACAGGUUCUGUAAUCGGGAACAUCGCACGGGAUCUGGGUCUGCAAGUGAGGGAGCUCGGUGCUCGUCGCGCCCGUGUUGUUGCAGACGGAACGAGCCGGCUGUGCGAACUGGACUUGUCAUCUGGCAAUCUUUUAAUCAGCCAACGGAUCGACCGAGAGGAGCUUUGCGCACAGGGAAGCGUGUGCACCAUCCAGCAUCAGCUUUUACUAGAGGACCCCCUCCAAGCAUUCAGUCUACUUUUAGACAUUGCAGACAUUAACGACAACACUCCAGUGUUUGCUGCAGAGGAGAUUAAUCUUGAUUUGGUUGAAUCCACUGUGCUUGGGAGACGUUUUCCACUGGAGAGUGCGCAUGACCCUGAUCUGGGCACCAACUCUGUCAGUGAAUACAAAUUAAGCCCAAAUGACCAUUUUGGCCUGGAAAUGAGUACCCAAAUAAAUGGUAAUGCAUAUCCAGAGCUUGUUCUUAAAAAGGCACUGGACCGAGAGGCUGAAGCUGAACAUGUAAUGAAAAUCAAUGGCAUUGACCGGGGAAGUCCAGCCAGAACUGGGACUGCUUCUAUCCGUAUCCGUGUUUUGGAUGCCAAUGAUAAUGUCCCAGUUUUCAGCCAACGCGUUUACAGAGCAUCUGUUCCAGAAAACUCUGUCACAGGAACUUUAAUUGUGCAACUGAAUGCCACAGACUCAGAUGAUAGUUUAUAUGGAGAGGUUACAUACUCUUUCAGUCAUCUGACAGACAAGACGAGAGGAGUUUUUCACAUUGACCCUCUGACCGGUGAAGUUCGAGUCGCAGGUGUCAUUGACUACGAGGAGGCGAGUACUCAUGAAUUGGACGUCCAAGCUAAAGAUGGCGGCGGCCAGGCCUCCCAUUGCAAGCUGAUCAUUGAUGUCAUCGACGUCAAUGACAACAAACCCGUGAUUGAAAUAAAGUCAGCGUCAGCAAACAUCCUGGAAGACGCCAAACCCGGAACAAUGGUGGCCCUCAUCAACAUUUAUGACAUGGACACUGCGAAUAGUGGAAACGUUGCAUGUUCCAUUCCUGACAAUGUCCCGUUUCAAAUUGAAUCAGAAGUGAAAAACUAUUAUAUGUUGGUGACAUCUGACAUGCUAGACAGAGAGGUUCAAUCGGUGUAUAACAUUACUGUUACUGCCACUGACUCGGGCACUCCCCCUCUGGAGAGUGUAAAAGUUUUAACAAUAGUGAUUAACGAUGUAAAUGACAACCCCCCAACUUUUACCCAGCACGAGUACACCGCCAACAUCCUAGAAAACCAACCUGUUGGCACGUUUGUUUUGAAAGUCACAGCGCAGGACAUGGACGAUGCAUCUAAUGCUAAAUUAAUAUACCAAAUAUCAAAAGAGACCGAUUUGGAAGUUUCCUCUUAUCUUACCAUUAACAUGGAAACAGGAGAGCUUUUCACAUCGCGGCUUUUUGAUUAUGAGAAGUCAGUUUACUUCCAAAUCAAGGUGGAAGCCCGCGAUAGUGGCGACCCCCAACUCACCACCACCUGCACUGUCAACGUUUUUAUAAAGGAUCAAAAUGACAACACGCCAGUCGUUCUAUAUCCUGUACAAGCCUUUGUAGCUGAGGAUGUAGUACCCUUGGAAGCACCGAGAGGCUAUUUAGUCACUAAGGUGGUUGCUGUAGACGCCGACUCGGGCCACAAUGCGUGGUUGUCUUACAGAAUAAUCAAAGAAACACAGCCCAAUCUGUUUAUGGUGGGAUUACACACCGGUGAAAUUAGAACUCUGCGAACCUUUAUGGAGUUUGAUGAACCUAAGCAAACAGUUAUUAUUGCGGUAACAGAUAACGGGGUAGAAGCCCUGUCUGCAACAGCGACAGUUAGUAUCGCCAUUGGAGAGGGGUUGCCAGUUCUACAAGAUCUCUUUGAACUAGUUGAUGAAUCCCAGGACAACGAUAGUUUGAGGCUUUAUUUGAUUAUUGCCCUGUUCACCGUUUCUUUCCUCUUAAUACUUUUAAUCAUCGGAGUUUUUUAUUUCAAGCUUUGUCGCCGUAGUUAUGUCUACCGUUCAACGGCAGCUAGUCUUCCUGUUUUCCCCACGUACUAUCCACCUAGUUUCACAGAUUUUAGUCACUGUGGGACAUUGCUGAAAGAUGAUCGGUAUGAUCCGUUUCUGACCACAGGCUCAUGGAGAGGCGAUUUUCGCUUCGGUUCAAACACAGACACCGACACGCUAAAGAAAAGAAGCGCCGCAUACCAAAAGAACACCUUAAGGCGCAUCAGCGCUGACAGAUCAACCCUGAAGGUUCGGGCUGGUCCGUCACAUCCUUGUUAUGUGGUCACUUGA